AUGGAAAAAAACACUAAACCCAUUAUCAAAACAUUCGUUCUCUGUUUAUUUACUUCUGUGGCCACCACAAGUUUUAUUAAUGGUGCUACAGAUGAAACACUCAGUAACUGUGUUGUAGAUAUUGUGAGGGAAGGAAGUAAUAACAUGUCUCUUUUGGAUUUUACUCUCGUGAAUGUAGAGGACGAUUUAAUAAUAUCGUCAUUACAUAAACUCGGAGGUCUACGUUUUAUUUCGAGAACAUUUUCAUUUGAUUAUUACAGAAUUUAUAACAAUGCUUAUAUCAUUGAAAGCGAAAAUCUCCAAGUACUAAGCGAUGGAUUAAGUCAAGUUGUUAAUGAUAGACAGUGGAAUCCUAAAGCUAGAUUUCUUAUAAUACUCAAAAAUUUGAAGGACCGCGAUGUACUUAAUCUUACAAAUUGGUUUUCUGAACAUAAUGUGGAUGACGUAUUUUUCAUUACACCCAAGAGGAAGAUUUAUGCUGUUUAUAAAUUAAAUGUUGCAUCAAAUAAUUAUUGCCAUACAUCCAGCAAGUGGGCAUUAGUAUCAUCUUGUUCUGAACAUCUAACUGAAAAGAAAAUUCCGGUUCUAAGAAGACAACAAAGUAUUCGUAAUUGUCGAUUUAAAUUCAUCACGUAUAACAUGUGGCCUUUUACCAAUUUUGAUGAUACAAAUAGAGAAGGAAUUGAACAACGUGUUCUAAGAGAUUUUGAAAAAUAUAAAAAUGUCAAGAUUGAACUUCAUACAGUAAUGGAAGAAACUGAUGCACAUGGAGUUAUAGUACCGAUUUCUAUUAAAAGUAUGCUGAAAAGCGUACAGGAUAACAAAUUUGAAGGAGCAGUUGGAGGUUUUAUAACGACCACUGGCAAUGAACUUUUGUCACAAGCGUGUUUGCUUAGAGUAUAUUGUUUCAGUGAACAAAUUCAACCCAUGGAGGAAAAUGAAUUUAAUAAUACGCAAAAUUAG